AUGUCUCUGUCCGGUCUAAGAGUGAUAGAGUUCGCCGGUCUUGCUCCCGCACCUUUUGCCGGCCUCGUCUUAGCUGACAACGGCGCCGAUGUCAUCCGCAUUGACAAGUGUUCUUCUUCAUCUAAUGACAUUUUGUGCAGAGGAAAGCGCUCGCUGGCUGUCAACCUGAAAACUACUAGUGGGAGAGAUAUUAUGAAGGAUUUGAUUGCCUCCGCAGAUGUCGUUAUCGAUCCAUUUCGCCCUGGAGUAAUGGAGAAGCUAGGGUUAGGACCGGAGGUAUUUAUGGGGAGGGAGGGAUUAAAUCGCCGGCUUAUAUAUGCUCGUAUUGUUGGAUUUUCGAGGUCUGGUCCGCACAAGGAUAUGGCUGGCCAUGACAUAAAUUAUUUAGCCCUCAGCGGAAUUUUAUCGAUGCUACCCGGAACGUCUGGAAAACCAGAAUUUCCUCUUAAUAUCCUUGCCGACUUUGCCGGGGGAGGUCUAACUUGUGCCCUAGGAAUACUUCUAGCCCUCAUCGAGCGCGGUAAAUCAGGUCUGGGUCAAGUUGUGGACACUGAGAUGGUUUCUGGCGUUCGAUAUCUAUCAUCUUUUCCCUUCUUGCUCUCCCUGGCUCGUGUGGGGUUCUUUGAUGGACCACGAGGCACGAACAUUUUAGACGGCGGGGCACCCUUUUACGGGUUGUAUGCAUGUAAAGAUGGCGGAUGGAUGUCUGUUGGAUGCCUUGAGCCUCAGUUCUUUCGAACCUUCUUGGAUAUCUUCAUGAAAUCGCUUCCAAAGAGUUCUUCUGUUCCGAAUGACUGGUUUCCUACCACCGACUCUCAACUGAAUCGAAAGGAAUGGCCGAAAUUGAAGCACUUCCUUGAGCAAGGCUUUCUUAGCGAGACAAGACAGUACUGGACAACAAAUUUUCAUGGGACGGAUGCAUGUACGGUUCCAGUACUCACACUGGAGGAGGCCGGCAAAUUAGACGUGUCCGGCUCGUCGAUCCCCCAGCCUCAUCCACGAGUUGCGUCACUUGAGCAGAAACCAUCGCUCGGCGAGGAAACUCACGUUCUGAUGCCGGGAAAGCAUAGCGGCGAGAUUCUAAGAGAGAUAGGCAUUUCCGAUAGUGUGUGGCGGCAACUUUUACUUGACGGAGCAAUUGAAGAGCCUAUAAUGAAACAGAAGCUAUAG